AUGCUUCCCCCAAUUCCAGUUCUAGCCGACUACGGCAUCUCACCAGACUCUGGCUUUCUUCCUUCCGAACCACCCCUUGAACAGCUCCCCGACCCCUACUAUUCCAAGUGGGAAUGGAUAGUGUCCAAUAUUCAACCUCUGUUGUUGAGUAGAAGGAUCCGGAAAGUAGUAGAUACCAUGCCUUUGCUCUCUGCGUCAUAUCUUCAGACAGAACCCGAGUGGAGGCGGGCAUAUUCUAUACUGGGCUUUAUUCUCCAUGGUUAUGUAUGGAGUGGUCCCAAACCAGCCGAGAGAAUCCCACCUCAGUUAACUGUGCCACUGUUGCAAGUGUGCGAGCACCUGGAACUUCCCCCAGUUGCUACUUAUGCAGGGCUGGUUUUGUGGAACUUUAGGCCUAUCCUGUCUGACGAACCUAUGGAUGACCUAAAUAACCUUGCCUGCAUUAACACAUUUACUGGAUCCUUGGACGAACAAUGGUUUUAUCUCGUAUCAACCGCGAUCGAGGCCAGGGGUGGCCCGUCGAUCUCGUUGGUGUUACAGGCAAUCGCUGCUGCUCGGGUUGGAAACAGCCUGGUAGUCACAGAAUGCUUGCAGGCCUUGGCAGAAAUUCUGGACGAGGUCGGUACUCUACUGGAGAGGAUGUACGAACAUAAUGAUCCUUAUGUGUUUUAUCACCGUAUCCGGCCAUAUUUGGCGGGUAGCAAAAAUAUGGCAGAUGCAGGGCUGCCAAACGGUCUUCUAUACGACGACGGCAAAAGGCCAGAGUACCGCCAGUAUGGAGGUGGAAGCAAUGCUCAGAGCUCCCUGAUUCAGUUUUUUGACAUUGCUUUAGGAGUGGAGCACAGACCCACGGGUGAAACCCGCCCUAACGGUGCCUCAGCAGUGACUGAGAAGGAAGGGGUUGCUGCAGCCCCACGGCAUGGCUUUAUCCAGGAGAUGCGGUCAUAUAUGCCCGGACCCCAUCGACGGUUCUUGGAACAUGUCAGUGCGGUGGCUAAUAUUCGGGAAUAUGUGGAAGCUCGCCGCUCAGACAAAGCCCUAUGCAUUGCGUACGACGCGUGUUUGUCUAUGCUACGAGUAAUGCGUGACAAACACAUUCAAAUUGUCUCACGCUACAUCAUCAUCCAGUCUCGUGAUGCCCGCGGACUGGCCGCUAGAUCGUCCAGCCCCCGGCGACAGGGAGCAGCGACCUUAAACCUGGCCACUGCCCGCCAUGGCGAGAAAGCAGACGGCAAGAAACUUCGAGGCACAGGCGGCACCGCGCUGAUUCCAUUCCUCAAGCAGGCUCGUGACGAGACGGGAGAGCCGGCGAUUGAUGCGUGGGCACGACGAUUGUUGACCAAUGGGCCGGCAGAAUCAAGUUUCGCGGCAUUAAGCAAAGUAGGCGAGCAUCCCGAUGGCCAUCUGGAGGUGGUUGGUCUGUCAGGGACGUGGGCUGCCGACGAUAGCGAGGGGGGUAUCUGCCACUGGUGA